GACGCAGCGAAGUGCAGAAAAAAAGACAGAAUCUCAGAGCUCUGGUUGAAGGUGGUAAGAACCCCCCUGAUCAUUUAAAGUUGGUCAUUGUUGGUCCUCAGUGGUCGGGCAAGAGUUCAGCAGGAAAUAUUAUUCUAGGAAAAGAAGCAUUUGAUGUGAAUGAAAACUUGGAUAGUUCAAGAACAACACAAAGUGAAAUAGGUCACUGUGUGUUUGCAGAAAGACGACUUACAGUUGUUGAUUCUCCCGGCUGGUUUUACAUCCACACCCUUCAGGAAACCAAUGAGAUGGACAAACUAGAAAUAGAGAAUAGUUUGUAUAUGUGUCCUCCAGGACCACAUGCAGUUCUCCUGGUGAUUGACCUUGGAAAUGAAGUUAAUGUAACAUACCAGAGAGCAGUUCAGGAUCACAUGAGUCUGUUUGGAGAUGAUGUUUGGAAGCACACAAUCAUUCUGUUUACAAUGGGGGACUGGCUUGGAGUGAAGACUGUAGAGGAGAGGAUAGAGAGUGAUGAAGGGCUGCAGUGGCUGGUGAACAAAUGUGAGAACAGAUAUCAUGUCCUGAACAACCUGGAGCCCAAUAAUAGAGAACAAGUAAAGGUUCUCCUGGAGAAGAUUGAGGAGAUGUGGGCAGAAAAUGAUGAUCCUUAUUAUGAAGUCGACCAGAGAAGAGCAGCAGAAAUGGAGACUCUGAGAGAGGAUGCAGACAAAAGAGCCAAAAAGAUGAAGAGGAUCAUUGAAAGACAGUCAAGAGUACUGAAAGAAAUCUUUAAAGAGGAGAGACAGUCACUCAGUGAGAUCAGAGUUGUUCUGUUGGGUCAGAAAGGAUCAGGAAAAAGUACUGCAGGAAAUCAGAUUCUGUUCAUGGAAAAAUUUGAAGAGGAAUUAGACACAGCUUGCAUUAAGAAG